CGGGCGGGGGCGGCGCGACCCUCGGAGCGCGGGGACGGCCGGCCGCGCCGCGACAUGUAACCAUGGACUGCAGGACCAAGGAAAAUCCAGAAAGAACCUUUGACCUGGUAUUGAAAGUGAAAUGUCAUGCCUCUGAAAAUGAAGAUCCAGUGGUAUUGUGGAAAUUCCCAGAGGACUUUGGAGAUCAGGAAGUACUACAGAGUGUGCCAAAGUUCUGUUUCCCCUUUGACGUUGAAAGAGUGUCUCAAAAUCAAGUUGGACAGCACUUUACCUUUGUACUGACAGACAUUGAGAGUAAGCAGAGAUUUGGAUUUUGCAGACUCACAUCAGGAGGCAAAAUUUGCUUAUGCAUCCUUAGUUACCUGCCAUGGUUCGAAGUAUAUUACAAGCUUCUAAAUACUCUGGCAGAUUACUUGGCUAAGGAACUGGAAAAUGAUUUGAAUGAAACUCUCAAAUCACUCUAUAACCAUCCAGUACCAAAGGCAAACACUCCUGUCAAUUUGAGUGUGAACCAAGAGAUAUUUAUUGCCAGUGAGCAAGUUCUGAAAGAUCAGCCCUCUCUAGUACCGCAUUCCUACUUCAUUGCCCCUGAUGUAGCUGGACUCCCAACAAUACCUGAGAGUAGAAAUCUUACAGAAUAUUUUGUUGCCGUGGAUGUUAACAAUAUGCUGCAACUGUAUGCCAGUAUGCUGCACGAAAGGCGUAUCGUUAUUACCUCUAGCAAAUUAAGCACUUUAACUGCCUGUCUCCAUGGAUCAGUUGCUCUGCUCUACCCAAUGUACUGGCAGCACAUUUACAUCCCAGUGCUUCCUCCACACCUGCUGGACUACUGCUGUGCCCCAAUGCCAUACCUGAUUGGAAUACACUCCAGCCUCAUAGAGAGAGUGAAAAAUAAAUCAUUGGAAGAUGUGGUUAUGUUAAAUGUUGACACAAACACUUUAGAAUCACCGUUUAAUGACUUGAACAACCUACCGAGUGAUGUGGUCUCGGCCCUGAAAAGUAAGCUGAAGAAGCAGUCUACAGCUACAGGGGACGGAGUAGCUAGGGCCUUCCUUAGGGCACAGGCUGCUUUGUUUGGAUCCUACAGAGAUGCACUGAGAUACAAACCUGGUGAGCCUGUCACUUUCUGUGAGGAGAGUUUUGUGAAGCAUCGCUCAAGUCUGAUGAAACAGUUCUUGGAAACUGCAGUUAACCUCCAACUUUUUAAGCAGUUUAUCGAUGGUCGACUGGCAAAACUGAAUGCGGGAAGGGGUUUCUCUGAUGUAUUUGAAGAGGAGAUCACUUCAGGUGGCUUUUGUGGAGGGAACCCGAGGUCAUAUCAACAGUGGGUGCAUACAGUCAAGAAAGGAGGUGCACUAUUCAACACCGCAAUGACCAAAGCAACUCCUGCUGUUCGGACAGCAUAUAAAUUUGCAAAAAACCACGCAAAGCAGGGAAUCAAGGAAGUGAAGAGUAAGCUCAAACACAAGGAAAACGAGGAAGAUUAUGGGACCUGUUCUGGUUCUGUACAAUAUACACCAGUUUACACAUUAUACAAUGAAAAGGGAAGAAACCUAGAAAAGCGUAAGCUUGCCCAGGCACGCUUAAAAAGGCCUCUGAAGAGCCUUGAUGGUGCUCUGUAUGAUGAUGACGACGAUGACAUCGAAAGAGCAAGCAAGUUAUCUUCUGAAGAUGGUGAAGAAACCUCUGCUUAUUUUUAUGAAAGUGAUGACUCUGUUGAAACAAGAGUAAAGACUCCGUACUCAGGUGAAAUGGACUUAUUAGGAGAGAUCCUCGACACAUUGAGCACACACAGCUCAGAUCAAGGAAAGCUGGCAGCAGCAAAGAGCUUGGAUUUCUUUAGAUCAAUGGAUGAUAUUGAUUACAAACCUACGAAUAAAUCCAAUGCGCCUAGUGAGAAUAACCUAGCCCUACUCUGCAGCGGUUCUGGUGAUCAAGCGGAGUGGCAUCUCGGGCAGGAUGACAGCGCCCUCCAUGGCAGACAGCUCCCUCCAUCCCCCAGGAAGCGGGUUUCCUCUGUGGGCCUGGCAGAUUCUCUCUUUAUCCUGAAAGAGGAAACCAGUGAAAAGCACCUCAGUGGUGUCAGCGUGAGUGGGCCUCCCACAGUGGAGGAGCCAGCGUCUGCUUCAGGACUGGGUUUCCAGCCAGCUGCGCCUAAAGUUUCCCAAACUGAAGAAGGAAGAACAGAACAGAAGGAAACACUAAGCCAGACUUCAGAUGAUCUGCUUACAUCCAGCCUUGGGCGACGCGCAUCUACUUUUGUUCCUUGGGAGAAGAAAGGGAAAGAAGCCAAAGAGACUUCAGAAGACACUGGACUGCUGCAUGAAGUGGUGUCAUUAUGUCGCAUAACAUCUGCCUUCCAACAGGACUUAAACAUUUCAGAAGAGAACACAAGUGGAAACCAAGCUUAAAUCAACAAUUUCAGUCUCUUGCAUCCAAACUUCUAUGGAGACAUUUUGGGAUUCCAUGUGAUAGAUAUAGUAAACAAUUAUUUAUAGGAAUGACAGCUCUUACUACUGUCUGAAAAUUAUUUUUCAUUUGGAACAUACAUUUCCCCCAUUCGUUCAUCUCAUGGGUGUAUAUUAUCCAUUGAUUUUUAAAUGUAAAGCUAUUUCUUCUACUGUGCUGUUAAAUCAGGUACUAGUUUGUAUGUAUGUUGAAAGUAGAUAUUGAUGAUUUCCCAGUAUUUGGUGCUUAAUGCCAUUCAUUUUAUUUAAACUAAAUAUGCAUAUAUAACCCUUGCAUAUAACCAGUAGCAACUAUACUAAUCUGGUUGAGCAUGAGCUGAUCAAGAUAUCAGAACUUAACAGAACUAGCCUGAAACUGCUGAAACUGUUGACCCACUAAUUGCCUUAAUCUUAAGCCUAUAUUAAGCAUACUUAAAUAAUUUAUAGAAUUACAUGUAAAUUUUGAAAGAUAAGUUGUGUGUGUUCUGCAGAGCAAUAAUGCCUUUUUCUACUCACUGAAUCAAGGACAAAAUUCAUUUUUUCAAAGUUAAAAAGCUCUCUUGUGGAUACUGCAGCCACGUUUUCCAAAAAAGUAUAAAGGUACACAUUUACCUGUCACUCAGUGAAAUAUAUGAAGUACUGAAUUACAAUGUGAAACAUUGUAAAAUUACAAUGACUUCUGUUUACAAAUGAGACACUUUAAAAAAUUGUUACUGUCUCUCUGUAUGCCUUUGUGUAUAUCCAGAUCCCACCCCUAGAAAGCCAAAUGCAACAUGAACUGCCCUGAUAAAAAAUGGUCUUUUUUCUCUUAACUAAUAAUUCUCUAUCAGAAUGCUUCAUGUCAUCUCAAAUUUACUGUUUAAAAUAAUUGACUUUAUAUUUUAGAAGUUUUAGAUUUAUAGAAAAAUUGUGAAGAAAGUACAGAGAGUUCCCACAUAACUCUGCACACCAUUUCCCCUGUUAUCAGCAUCUUACAUUAGUAUGGUACGUUCCCCACAGUUAACGAACCGGUAUUGAUAGUCAGUCCAGGCUUUAUUCAGGUUGCCUUAGUUUUUUCCUGAUGUCCUUUUUCUGUUCCAGGAUCCCACGCAGGACACCACAUUACAUUGGGUUGUCAUGUCUCCUUAGAUGCCUCUUGGCUGUGACAGUUUCUCAGGCUUUCCUUGUUUUCGAUGACCUUGACAGUUUUGAAGAAUACUGGUCAGAUAUAUUGUAGGAUGCCCCUCUAUUGGAAUUUGUCCGAUGUUUUUCUCAUGAUUACGCUGGGAUUAUGGGUUUUGGGGGAGGAAGAUUACAGAAGUAAAGUGCCAUUUUUAUCACAUCAUAGCAAGGGUGCAUACUGUCCAUAUAAUUUGUGAAUGUUGCUGUUGACCUUGAUGACCUCGCUGAGGCCGUGUUUGUCCGGUUUCUCCACUGUAAAGUUACUCCUUUCUCUCCCUUUCCACACUGUAGUCUUUGGAAGGAAGUCAAUAGGUACAGCCCACACUUAAGGAGUAGGGGCUUAUGCUUCCUCCUCUUUGAGGCAGAGUAUCUACAUAAAUUAUUUGGAAUUCUCCUCCGUGGGAGAGUUGUCUCUUCUGCCUCAAAUUCACUGUUAAGCUUUGAAAUUCAUCUGCGAAGGAGCCGUGCGUUGACUACUUCCUGAUAGGCCGGAUUAACAGGUAUAAUCAGAAGAAAAAACAAUGAUGUUAUGGUUCAUUUGUUAUCAGUAUGUUCAAUAGAUAUACUCUAAACAUCCCCAAUCAUGAUUAUUUUUUAGAAAUUGUCGUUUUAAAAAAGGUGUUUCAGAAACCAUUCAAGAACCCAUCAGGACUGCACUCUAAAGUAUUUACUGAAAGAAUGUAAUUUUCAGUUUAAAAAAAGCCCUGGAAGGGGGUUUGUUAAAAACAUUGCUUAAAAAUAUUUAUCUAGGUCAGUCUUUAAAUAAUUCAAAGAAAAUGACCAAGUUUUUUUCUUUUUUAAGCUGCAUUCCAAAAUCUAAAUGGAUAUGUUUUAUUUGGAACGAUUAUUAAUUCAUGUUUAUAAAGGAAGACAAAUCUUGUUUUCUUUAUAAGGAUGGACUCUGUAUAUAUUAAGGAAAAAAGUGUUUAAUCCUUAUUUUUUUAACACAAAAGUAAGACUCAAGGUUCUUAUCAAAUUUUGCCUUUUUAUACUCAUUACAAAAUUCCAUUUUACUUUAUUGACACAUAUAAUAAAAGAAGUCCAUUGAUCAGCAGAGCUGUUCUAAAUGAGAAAGAGAAAAGGUCACUCUGGUUGUUAUUCUGCUCGGCAGAUAUUCCCUCAUAAGUUUGAAAAGAAUGUAAAGCAGCCUUUUAAUAUGGAUAUUGGAAGGAGGUAUUUUUUUCUUUCAGAAUGCGUAGUCUGCAGGAUGAGAUAAUCGUGAGUGUAGCAUAGGCAAAAUUUGGGUUUUAGUGCAUUUGCUUAAUAAACACCACGGCCUCAGAGUUUUCUGUCUUUCAGUCACCUCACAAGAUGCUUGACUAUAAUGCUGUGUUAUUUUAAGGAUGUUUAGCCACUCACAAGUAACGUUUGCAUCAAGGUAUUUUAAGCUGGAUUUGUGCCUUAUUUUAACAUAAUAAUCAGCUGUUAUAUUCCACGUUAAAAACAAAAGCAAAAGCAAAAACUCUACGUGUUAUUCUCAGAAAAUCCAAAAGCCUCGUAGUAUUAGUAUUUCAAACCAUUCAGUUUUUGAGUUUUCAAAGUCUGCUCUUAAACUAGACCCCCAGUAUUAUGAUGGCUGUAUGGAGAAGGAAGUGAAAUUAAGGUGAGCUCUGAAAUACAAGUAUUAUCUUAUUUUCUUCUAGGUUCAUAUUUUCUGUUAUAACUAAACCAAAUAUUUGUAACCUCCCCUGCUGUUUGAAUUUUCUUUUUCAAAGAAGUGACACAUGUUCUACAACAGAAUUGUGUAAACCAGUAAGACUCAUGGCCUUGGGAUGUGGUCUUCCUGUGGCCCCCAGACAGUCGCGAUCCUCCCGCAGGCCCAUCCGGCUUUUCUCCUUUUGCCCUUAGACGUCACGUCCGAGGUACUUCAGGGAGAGAAGAGGAGUAUGUGAAUUUAGGAACUAUGGUUUUGUCAAGUGAAAGUGUUGUUAAGUGGUACAUUUUCAUGGUUACCUACUUUAGCAUAUUUUUAGAAAGGCAUCAAAAUAUAGCAUGAUUCUUUUUCUGAUUAAAAAUUAAUAACAUCCGUUUAGGAAAUAUUGAUUGACUCUUUGUACUGGUCAUAUGCAAGGUACAGUAACUGAGGAGGUAGGGAAAUAAUUGACCUGCUCUGCAGGAACCAAUUAAAAGGAAAAGGAAUUGCAAAUCUCUUUUGUUAAGAAUGACAAUAAUAAUAGUAAUAAUAAUAGUAAUAAUAAUAUAUUUUGCUUAGAAGUUAUUAGCCCAAGAUUCUAACACCAAAAAAAAAGGAUCUUUUAAAGCUGCUUAGUCUAAAACAUGCUCUAAGUAAAGAACUGUAGUACUGUUUCUAAUUUCAUUAAUUUACUUUCUCUAUUAUACAAAGUAUAAUAAUGCUGCUAUCUAAGAUAUCUACCUUUAAAGGACAAAUUCAGAGACUCUUAGAAACUAAGUGUCCCUGUUUAUCUGAUUCUCUAUCACCAUGAUGCCUAGUCUUUUCACCAGGCAGCAUAGGGCUCUCUAUGAUGGAAUGAGGCUCCUUUGCAAUACUUAAGGCCACUUUACUCAGUUUAGGAUUAACUGAGGGUGUGGAUGCAUGUCGAUGGGAAUCUAGUUUUUACUGUCUUUUUCUUGAUAACAGCUUUCUGUAGAAAUUGUACCACCCCUUUUAAAUUUAAACUAUAUGUGACAGUGCUGUUAGGAUUAUAGGAUCCAGGAAUGCUAAUAAAUUAGUUGUUUCUUAAAUAAGGUGAAGAAGUAGACUCCUGAUCAAGAAGAGAAAACCGUGAAUAUUCUUAUAAUCAGUAGAUCUUCCUUCUCUUCUAGAAAAUCUGGAUUUUCAGGAAAAGAUUAUUUUCAACUAUAAAUUUUCUAAUGCAGAUUCCAUUUUGUUUCAACUAUAAAUUUUCUAAUGCAGAUUCCAUAAAAGACCCUGAUUCUGGAUAAAUAUUAGUAAAUCAGAAUAUAAUUGUAAAAUGAAAGCCCAUAUCUAAUUCCCCCUAGCACUUCUUAAUAUAGGAAAUCGUUUUUACAGACUCUCGGUCAGUACCGACAUCUUUCCUAUGUCGAGCCCGGAAAUUUGUUAGUGUCUGUUUCUUAAAGCUUAUUUAAGAGGCAGAGUUGUUUUGGGCAAACCAGUUAACAUUUUGAUUUGGUCAAGGUAGAGAAUUAUGUGUAUUUAGAAAGAAGCAUGUUUUAUUUUGAAAAUAAUAGGAUUUUGUGCAAUAUUUUUUCCUGCAUACUUUAGUUCAUAUAAAUAUGCACAUCUGCUUUUCCAGCAGAUGCCUUAGGUCAUGUUUUUCAGUAUUUGUGUAAAACUGUAUGUAGCAAUGUUCUAUGUGAUUUUGGAGAAAAAAUAUUCUUUAUCAUGUUGCCAGAAGAAAUGUUUUUGUUUAUUUAAAAUAAUUAUGGAUAUUGCAUUAUUGUAUCAUAACUAACUGCCUCAGCAACAAUAAAUAUGCAAUAAGAAAAUCCUGAA